AGAGAACAGCAAGGGCAUUUUCCAUCAAUCUCCAGCUAGACGCUCAUCAUAGUGUGUACUUCAUUCCAGUAGUACUCACCACCAUCUCCUCACUCCCAAGUCCCAACCCUCUGCGAGCUCUCCUCCUCCACGCCAGAAUUAAUUAACAGAGCUAUACAAGUAAUCCAGGCUACAGCCGACAACAACAAUGCGGCUCUUCCUGCUGCUGCUGCUGCCGCUCCUCCUGUUAUCCGCCGUCCAGAUCGGCGCCGCCGCCGCCGCCAAAGCCCCCGCCGCCGCCCCAGCCGCGAGCAACCUCACCGAUCUCAUGUCUCGGAAGGGCUGCAGGACGUUCGCGGACCUCCUGCUGUCCACCGGCGACGCCGCCAAGACGUUCCAGGACAGCGUGGCGGGCGGGCUGUCGGUGUUCUGCCCCGCCGACCAGGCCAUGAAGGCCUUCCUCCCGACGUUCAAGAACCUCUCCGCCGACGACAAGCUCUCCCUCCUCCUCUACCACGCCGUCCCCGUCUACUACUCCGCCGACAGCCUCAAGACCAACAACGGCGUCAUGAACACCCUCGCCACCGACGGCACCGCCAAGAACUACAACUUCACCCUCCAGAACGACGGCGAGCACGUCGCCAUCCAGCCCACGGCGGCCCCCGCCGCCCCCGCGCGGAUCACGGCCACGAUCCUCGACCGCGACCCCCUCGCCGUCUACGUCGUCGACGAGGUGCUCCAGCCCCGGGAGAUCUUCAAGCCCGUCGCCGCCCCGGCGCCCGCCCCCGCGCCCGCCACCGCGGCGGCGGCGCCCAAGAAGGCGAAGCCGGCCGGGCCGGACGCGGCGCCGGCGGACCAGAAGGUCGCCGACCAGAAUGCUGCCCAUAGGGUUCCAUCGGGGCGGUGGCUCACCGCCGCGGCGGCGGUGGCGCUCGCGGCGGCAGCUUUCGCGGUGGCGGCGUAGGGUUUCUAUUUUGCGCUGAAAAACCCUUAUUCGGAGCUGCUCCUUUGGCUUCUUCGUUGUCGAUUGAAGAGCAAAUAAGACCGGAGGAAGGAAUCUAUAUAUGCUGCUUUUGUAUUCCACUGUGUGUAUUUUUCUCCUUUCGUUUUUGUGGAUUUUUAGUGUGUGUGGUAAUUUUACAGCGAGAGAAUUGCUGAGAUUGUUCAUACUUCUUUUUCAUUGGUGUUUUGCCCUUUUUCUUCGUUUGGAAUGUGUUCUUAAUUAAGGUUUUUGAGGGGUUUUUUUUUUUUUUUUUUAAGGUUGGGAUGUGUUGAGGAUUUGAGGAGAACCGAAUGGAAGGAUUGUUGUCUUUCAGACCCCUUCCUUUCUCCUCUAAAUAAUAUUAUAUCAUUUUUAUCAA